AUCCUGUCCACUUUCUUGCUUGGUGUCGGACUAUACUACCUACUUGAAAACUGCGACACAUACUGCAGCUUCGUCGAAUUGGCUCUGCCCGUCGCCCUCGUCCUGUUUGCGAUCAUCUCCAUGCUCAGUGCCGCUGUCGGUUACAUUGGCGCACUUUUCACCAACCUGUUAACAAUUCGUCUGGUAGGUGUCCACUCCAGUCUUUAUCUCUCGCCUCCCUCCCCCUCUCCCCCUCCUAUCUGCGCUGCGCUAACCUUCCUGCAGAUAAAUGAGAAGCUGUUGCCAGCGUCUGUGCGCGAGAUUCGCGCGUUAAUUGCACAGGCGGAGAAUUCGACUGUCAUAAACAGAGCUGAUGUGAUUCUGGAAAAUAUGCAACGGCGGUACCAAUGCUGUGGUGGCGACAACCAAAGCGACUGGAAAAAUGGACCACCCUUGUCGUGCUGUGUAAAUCCGAACUACCUUGAUAAUACCUGUAAAUAUCCUGGAAUUUUUGUACGGGGAUGCGCAGAUGCAAUGUACCGACAUUUUCUAUUCAACGCCCACACCUGGAUGUACGCCGUCGUGGUGAUUCUGGUUGUCAAGCUUUUCGUUCUCGUUGCUGGUUCCUGUCUGCAGUUUCAGAGCGUCCCAUCCCACGUUCAAGAGGGUCUUCUGAGUCGCACAGCCAACAUGAGGUGGUCGAGCGCUGUUGUGAAGCAGCGGCAGUAUGACUUGCCCGCCUCCUUGCCUAGUAAAUGGCCUUUUCUGAUAGUGUCUUCGUCUAAAUUUGUUCAACCGUCUAGUGGUAUUGCGUUCCGCAGUCACCGUCUGACGACCAGUUUCCAGGAGUUUUUAAAAAAGUACACCCCUCAUGUGCCACCACAUACGCAGGCGUGCGCUCCGGCCCCGUAG